GGGCCAGAAAGGAUGUUAAACCCUGAAAAUUGGAGGACAGUGCGGUGUGUAGCUCAGAAUCAGGCUUCAGAAGUAAAAAGAUGGCGAGGACGGCUCUCUUUCACUUGGUCCGAUCACACUCUAAACGCCUCGCAACUCCAAAUACCCUUUCAGGAUAUCAGCCUUGCGAGUCUGGAGCAUGGGCACGUGGCCUGAACACCAAACCUAGUUUCAACUCUGGUGUUGGGAUCAAUGGUUUCCAGAAGAGAUGGGCGUCUCAGGCUGCUAUAAAAGAAGAUGAUGGCAAAAUCAGCAUCGGACCCCGUAGAGGUGUCGAAACUGGGAAAGAUGAAAAAGAUUCUGGGAUUGUUUACUAUGGUCCAAUCUCAUCUACUAUCAAGAAAGUGAAACUUCUAUCGCUUUCAACCUGCUGCCUUUCUGUAUCGUUAGGCCCUGUGAUAACCUUUAUGACAUCACCUGAUAUGAAUGUUAUCUUGAAGGGUGCCGUGGCAUCUUCAGUGAUAUUCUUAAGUGCGUCUACCACAGCUGCCCUUCACUGGUUUGUGACCCCAUACAUACACAAGCUCAAGUGGAAGCCUGGUUCAGACAGUUUUGAGGUCGAAAUGUUGUCAUGGCUAGCAACUUACAUACCAAGGACAAUUAAGUUUGCUGAUAUCAGGCCACCAGAAACCCAGAGGCCUUUUGUGACUUUCAAGGCAAACGGGAAGUUCUACUUCGUUGAUGCUGAUCAUUGUCAGAACAAGGCUUUGUUAGCAAAGCUGACCCCGCAGAAAGCACCAGCUCGUGAAUCCGCUUUUAAGAACUUGUGAUCAUUUGAUGUGAAGUUCCCAGCAGCGCUCCUCUUGGUGGGUGAAUUGUGUUAUAGAAAUCGUGAUUCACAAUGAGCUUUUGUGGCUUCUAUCUGUUUUUUGAUUUAGGAGACCCCUGUUUUUGGGUUUCUGGAUACAAAAAUAAGUAGUAUUCGAGUUAUUUACAUGGAUGACAUGGUCAGUUUGGUUUUCACCCCUACAAUGUCAUUUUGAAAGAGAUCUUUUGGGUAUGUUCUGAACCUCUUAGACAUGGUAAUACUUUUUUUUCCCCCAUUUUUAGGCAAGAUCGCUUAAAAUGCUUGGGGCAUUGCAAACCUUGAUAACUUAAUUGGUGCUAUAUACGACUAGACGCAGACAUUUUGCAAGUGUACUUCAGCAGUGGUCAUGUUUGUUCCCUUACAAACACAAGCUUAAGUGGUGCCGCUUAGAAUAGGCUAGUCGUCUUCACAAAUCACUGUUGUGAGUAAUUUCCUUGCACAAACUGACAAACGUACGAGGAAUUGAGGAUACAUGUAUCAUGCAUGUGGUAAUAACAUGAUUAAUUUCCCUUUCACUGUUGUGUAUAUAGAUGGAUGUACCCUGUACCUGAU